AGAAAAAUAUCCGGGUUGGCAGAAAAUUGCCUGCUCAGCUUGUGUUCUGCGUUUCCUAUUUGCGGAACUACUCACUGAUCAAAUAUCAAACACAUCAAUACUGACUCGACUCACGAACAAUCAAACUUUGUAUGUAAAUUGUAAAAUACUGCACGAUAGUUCUUGGAGUAAAAGCUUUACAUUGAACUUACACUGUGAAAGGUAAGAUGGAAGAUUUAUGGUGUUAAAUGGUAUAUAAGCGUAUUAUUCUGUCAAUGACCUUCUUACCAAAACGUUGACCUUAUAUUUAGCUGUCAUAGUUUGUGUCUGAAUUACACAAUUCAGAGUUUCAGUCUUCAAAGUUCUUAGUCAAGUUUUUUUAAAUUAUUCCGCGCUAACCUGCUGACAAAGUACUUUCAUUUCAAACGUUGAAUCAUUUUCAUAUUCAGGCUAUAGAAAUUUCAGACACAAACUACGACAGCCAGUAUCAUAGUAUCAUAGCUUACACUAAAAAUUUCCCCAAACCGACUUUUAUAUAUAUGUUAUUGAAAUAAAUCUUGAGACAUUGACAAAAAUAAUUUAUAUGGGUUUCAGAAAGCGUUCAGGACAGCAAAUGGUCAAGUAGUCAGAAAUGUUGACACUAGUUGAGUAAGAAAAUUAAACUUCGUUUCUCAAUUUCAUUUAUUUGUCUCCAAAUACAAGACUCAAUAUUAACAAUAAUGAAGAGACUCAAUAUUAUUUUAUCAUUGUCACAACCAACUGGUUGCUUAAUUAAUAAAACUACCUGCAGUAUAAUUAAACUGAAAAAAAACUAAUAUAAGCAUUAUUGCUAACAAUUAAUUAAUCUAAUUUACCUCAACUUAUUGACUGUCAGUUUUAGUGACGUUACAAUUAAUGGCAACUUGCCAUCAACAUUUAGUUGUUCUGUUUUGUUUUCUUUGACAAAAAGGUGUAUACAUCUUGCAACAAGGUGUUAAAUUGUUUUCCCAAUUAACUGUUUCCAAAUCCUUUUCCUAUUUCCUUCACACGCGUGCAACUGAAAUAUCGCACAGCUCUUUGUGCAGCCAGGCAAUAAAUUUAUGCAUAUUAAGAACACCCUCGCGUGCGUUCGAUUAAGUUAACUGGACUCCUCAGUGAUUCAAAGAGUUUUCGAGUACGCCUUCCAAAAUACUGGAUUAUUUGCUUGGAUUUUAGACAUUUACCGUCCACGGGAUCAAAAAUGAUGCGAAUUGAUAAUCUGGUUAUUUUUGGCUUGGUUUUGGUAAUCCAUGUUGGUCAAUUUACGUCGGGUAGGUCACUAAGCUUUGAGUAUGUAACAUUUUAAAGAAGGAUACAGUUACUUCAAAAGUUAUGAUGACGUUUAACCUAAAUUACGAAUCCGUGAAUCUAGUUUCAUAUUUUAAUACUAACUGAAUAUAUAAGUGGAGGUUUCAGAAAGCGCUUUUUAUGGUACCGCUAUACAUGGGGUCAACUAAAUGUUUCAAUGCUGAUAUAUUCUUGUGUUUGGUGGCAAAUAUAUGCAUUGAAACAUUCAGUAAUCACUCUGAGAACUGUCUUUCGUUUUAAAGUUGCCCACUCUGCGCUGAACUGUUCGUCAUACGUGUGAAAUUCGUCCAUGUUUAUGAGUUGGCUAAAACCUCGCGGCUAAAUUGAAUUAGAAUUCAGGUCUCUUUUUGCCUGCGGUAUCGAAUUUGUAUUGUAUUAUUGAUAUUGAUCAUUGUUAUUAUGCUAGAACAUUCACCAAGUCACCACAAACACCGUACAUUAAUAAUGUAGACGUUGUUUCCAAUUAUUCACAGAAACUGCGAAUUCGACACCAGCGUAAUUUGUUACAUUUGUAACAAAUUAUAGAGUUCGUGGCCGGAUUCUGGAUAGCUUUAUAGAAUCGAAAAUGUCAUUUAAUUUUAUUUCAUUUCAUUGAGCGGUAUCUCAAACGUGGGUGUCUAGUGUAGGUUCUACAACAAAAGUUGUUUUGGUUCGUCGUCUGAACUACUGGAAAAUGAGAAACACCCAGUCGUUUAGACUUUGAUUUGCUCAAACUCGGUUCUGAUCUUUUUUAAGUAUAAGUUCAGACACAAAUCACGACAUGCAGCUAAAGUAUUUCAUUAAACGGUUCAUUUAACACCAUACUUUGUUUGUACAGUCAAUGGCAAAACACACAAUGAACUGAAUGAAGGUUAUAUUUAGCCCAUGACCCAUACCAACUAAACUAUGUCUCAAGCGCGGAGGUCCAAUGUAGGUAAUAUUCUACAAUAAGCUGUCGUGGUUUGUGUUUGAACUACCUGAAAAAGAUAUCUCAAACGUGGUGGUCCAGUGCAGGUAGUAUUCUACAAUAAGCUGCCGUGGUUUGUGUCUGAACUACCUGAAAAAGAUAUCUCAAACGUCAGUCAAACGGGUUCACUCGGGUUUAUUAUUAAUAGAUUAGUACGUGGUUCAGCUUUGGUAGCGUUCUACAAUAAGCUCAGUGGUUUGUCUGAACUAAACGAAAAAGAUUUCGAAACACUUCACGACUCUGUGAGGGGUAAAAAGCUAAUAUAAACUGACAUGUGACUGGCGUCAUAAUUGCAAAAUACCCGAAAAAUCUAUAAAGAAAAGUUACAUAACAAAGACAAUCUCAUAUCACAAAUGAAUGGAAGUACGCGAUGCUUUUAGUCUCCUUUAAGUAGAGGCCAAGUUCACAGCGCUUCUUUGAGUAUUGAACUAGCGUAUGAUGGUAUUGGUCCAGUUGACCAAGCAGAAGAUUGCGGUCAAGUUCAGGAAUGUAUUGAGACUAGUAUAGCUUAAACUAUAUCCGUCAAUUCAAUUUUAUGUCGGCUGCCAAAUAGAACUUAUACAAGACUAGUACAUUAAAAAAAUUAACAUUAUUUACGGCAGCUUGACUACCAUCUGCCGCACAAUAGUGCUCACUCCGUUACUCGUGAAAAGCACCGUGAUGCAAUUCCAAAAUGUUUGCUACUUGUCCAAAUUAGGAAGUAUUAUUUAAACCACAUUCACAUGACAAUUACAAGGAGGCAACGCGAGUUUUUAUAUCCGCUUUUCGUAAGAGCCUUCCUGAAUUAAAAAUGAGUUGAAACAAUCGGUCGUCAGUAGAUUUAAGCCCCGGACAACCCCAUGUUAGUUCUUGUUGGUAUUUUUUUGUCAUAAAAGUCCUCAGACCUCAGUUGAGUUGACCAAGUUCCGGAUGUUUUCUUUGUAAAUGACGUUGGUUGCUAAACAAUGAAAGAAAUUUAGAUGUGGAAUGCUGGGUUCUCAAAUGAAACACUUUGUCAUACAUUUUUUAGCUUAAAAAAUCACUUGCAACCGUCAACCGUAAUUGUUGUUUUUUAAAAGAAUCUCUGUUAAUAAUCAAGAGUCAUCCCUUUAUAUUGAUCCAGCACUCCAGUGUUACCACAAGAGGAAACCUAAACUAUCUUGAUUUAUACUGGAUAUAGCUCGACUAUCAAGUUCAAAACCCUUAAUCUAAUUAGGCCAACAUGUUGGUCCAAUAUCAUUCGACAUUGUUGCAUGCAACAUUGAUGGCCUCGUUUGAACGUUAUGUUGGCUAAUGUUUGAUUAUGUUUGCCUUUGUUUAAAAGUCGACUUCAUCCAGCAUUGUUGGACUUUUACCACAAGAGGAAACUUGAGUACCCGGAGGAAACCUGCGGUGUUUGGUAGAGUCAAACUGGAAGCACUCUUCUCACAUGUGACUUAGGUGAAAUUAUAAUCAGACAACUGAACUGUGACAACUCUUGAUGUUGCAGGAAUCAAAGUCUAGUCACAAAGGUGAAAAGUGUGAAAGACACAUUAACCAACCCCAUUCAACUUUUUUUUAAUUCAGGUGACUUAUGUUCAUCUCUAAGUGCUGACGAAAUCCUGCCCUGCGGCGAUAAGACGAUAUCUGAAAGUUCUUGCACAGCAAGAGGAUGUUGUUGGAAUGAGACGAGAUUUAAUAACACCAUCGACUAUAGUUGUUACAGGUCUGUGCUGGCUUUAUUCACUAUAUUAUCGUUACGAAUUUAAGUACUGUUAGAAGAUUAUGGUGGACGAUUGAAUCUUAUACUCUAGAGAGUUUGGAGGAAUGUUGGUAUUUUAUCCAGUUAUAAAUGUUAGUUUAGUUUAGUUUAGGUUUCCGGACUUUCCUCCUUAGAAGAAGACAUUUAGGGUUCCUGGGCCGAUAAGAAUUGCCCUUUUAAAACUGAUAGAACUAUCCAGUAUAAAUAAAGUUAGUGUAGUUUAGUUCCACCAGUAGUAACACUGGAUCAAUAAGAGACGACUCUUACUAGACCUCUAGGAAGAACAAUUUAGAACUGAUAGAGCUAUCCAGUAUAAAUAAAGUUAGUUUAGUUUAGGUUUCCUCCUGUAGUAACACUGGAUCAAUAAGAGAUGUUCCUUACUGGACCUCUAGGAAGAAUAGUUUAGAACUGACAGAGCUAUCCAGUAUAAAUAAAGUUAGUUUAGUUUAGGUUUCCUCCUGUAGUAACACUGGAUCAAUAAGAGAUGAUCCUUACUAGACCUCUAGGAAGAACAGUUUAGAACUGAUAGAGCUAUCCAGUAUAAAUAAAGUUAGUUUAGUUUAGGUUUCCUCCUGUAGUAACACUGGAUCAAUAAGAGACGACUCUUACUGAACCUCUAGGAAGAACAGUUUAGAACUUAUAGAGCUAUCCAGUAUAAAUAAAGUUAGUUUAGUUUAGGUUUCCUUCAGACCUAUACUGGACCUCUGGGGAGAACGGUUUAAAAUGUUACGGCUAUCUAUAAUAAAUAAAGUUAAUUUCUUAAUUUAAAACUUUCACCCCUUUAGAGCAAAACGAUACAAUGGAACUUGCAUCAAGUAUCCAGAAGAUGGGGUCUGCUUCAAAUACCUCAACAUCUCCGUACCAGAAUAUCGAAACACUCCACGAUUCAUCGAUUACAACCUUGGCUUAAACAGAACGAAUGCUUUACUAGAAGAAUUUCAACGUCUCAUCACGGUUGUAGCUGCGAAAGGUCUGAGCGAAUCGUGUCUGCAUACUGUCCGAAUAUUGUUAUGUCAAUAUAUUUUAACACCUUGUUUAGAAGAUGGCUCCUUCAUACAAAUAUGUAGACGAGAUUGCGAUAUGUACGAAAAACAGUGUCCUAAGUCUUUGCAAAAAUUGAUAGGCGCAGCUAUCAUUAGUUUGAGUAUCUCGAAGAGUAAUUUUGGUCACGUUUCAUUGCCGGAUUGUCAAAAGCUGGAGUAUGAAGAAGAUUUGGCUAAAGUUGGAAAGAAAUGUUACCUGACUGGGCUGUUUAGUAAGUGAAACUUUUAUUAUAUACCCACGUAAAAAUCUCACAACUUGUCAACAAGAUGUGUUCGCAACAGGCUUGUUGUUGGAACAACUUGUAACAAGUUUGUUGGGUUCAACAACCUUGUAGCAAGUUGUCAACAAGCUGGAAACAGGUAGUGCGAACAUAUCCUGUUGUCAUGUUGUUGGGAUAGCAUUGCUAUACAGGUCUGCUGCAGGUUUGUUACAACGUUUACAUUUUUACGUGUGUAAUAUGAAUAGCAAUGCCUAUAUGGAAUAUUUUCUAUUCUUUCAGACCAUACUUCAAAUGUCACACUAGUUCCAAUCAACAACCCUACAGGCGACGAUACCUCUUCAGACGACAAGGCAGCCAUCAUUGCUCCUGUAGUUGUCAUCAUCACCGUCCUUGCUGUCGCCUCCCUCUUGGCCUUCCUGCUAUACAGGCGGCGAAAGAACAGAAACGACCAGGCAAAGCUGGACCCUGGAACGCCUUCAAUGAACUUGCGAGGUCUUGGGAAUUUCCCAGCAGUGUCCGUGAAGGAUCAUAUCAAUAUGUUAACGGCGGAUGAUUUGCUCAAAUCAAAGAUGCCAAUUAAUGAUGUGAAAAUGAUCAAACAGUUUCCAGUUGAUAGAGUUGCUUAUGAAAAAGAUCUUGGAGAGGGACAAUUCGGACAAGUAUUUCAAGGUAGGAGUUGAUUUAAGUAAAUUAAUUUUAUUUAUACUGAAUAGCUCUAUCAGUUCUAAACUGUUCUUUCUAGAGGUCGGUAAGGAUCAUCUCUUAUUGAUCCAGUGUUACUACAAGAGGAAACCUAAACUAAACUAACUUUAUUUAUUCUGGAUAGUUCUAUCAGUUCUAAACUGUUCUUCUUAAAGAUUACCAUACUGGACCUCUAGGGAGAACAGUUUAGAACUAGUAAUAAAACUAUCCAGUGGCGUAGCCAGACCUUCAUUUUUGGGGGGGCGAAGCGAACGCCGAAGGCGCGAGACCCAUGGGCGUACCGGAAGGAAAAAAUUUUUUCCGGAAAAAUUAUUUUGGCGACCUCUUCCCCCCCCCGUCGCCAAAAAAAUUUCGGUCAGUGUACCAUUUUAGGGGUCAAAAAAAUUUUCCGGACAACCAAUAUUUUUCGGAACAUAACACAAAUUUUCGAAAAUUCACAAAAUUUGCCUAAAAAUUCACUUAAUUUUAGACAAAAUUAACAGAAUUUGUUCCAUUUUUUUUUAUUGCAUACCAAAAUUGCCCGACUGUUGAUUGAAUUUUCCUCUUGGAACCAUAUUUACAACUGUUUUAACGAGAUUUUAGAAAUCAAGUUCUUCCAGUAUUUCGUCGUUUUCUUCAGUCGAGACGUACUUAAUCCGUUUCAGCUUCGAGGAUGUAACGUGUACCCCCCCCCCAUUUCUCUACGGAUUUAGCCUUUUUCAGAGAAUAGUUUUUUUGCGAUUGGGGGGGCGACCGUCCCCCCUUGCCUCCGCCCCUGAAACUAUCCAGUAUAAAUAAAGUUAUUUUAGUUUAGAUUUCUUCCUGUAGUAACACUGGAUCAAUAGAGAUAACCUUUACUAAACCUCUAAGGAGAACAGUUUAACACUGACAGAGUUAUCUAAUAUAAAGUUAGUGACGUUACCAUGCUAUUCCUUCAGGUCGAGCAAUGGGUCUAAAUGAGCAAGAGCCGGAAGCAGAGACCAUAGUAGCGGUUAAAACGUUAAAGAAAGGCUCCGCGUCUGAAGCGAAAGAAGAAUUUAAUCAAGAGGCAUGUCUUAUGAAUUAUCUCAACCAUCCAAAUAUCGUGUGUCUGUUAGCUGUGUCGGCCACGGAAGAACCAUACUGUAUGAUCUUUGAGUUUAUGAGCAAUGGAGAUCUGAGUGAAUAUUUAAGAAAGUCUCAACCAUUGAAAGAAGAUGACGAUGAACACAUUGACCAAAACAAAAGUAAGUAUAAGUCAGUCUACACACAUAAUACUCUCACAACUUGUCAACAAAUUGUGUUCGCAACAGGCUUGUAGCAAGCUUGUCAACAAGUUGUAACAAUGCUGUUAUUUUAUCAAGUUGCUACAAGGUUGUCACUCACAACUUGUUGAAUUGCAGGACGACAACAAGUUGUUGGAACAACUUGUAACAAGUCUGUUGAACUCAACAACCUUGUAGCAAGUCGCUAACAAGCCGUUGACAAGUUGUCAACAAGCUGGGAACAAGCAGUACGAACACAUCCUGUUGACAAGUUGUUGGAACAGCAUUGCUACAAGUCUGCUGCAGGUUUGUUACAACUUGUGCGUUUUUACCGUGCGUAUAUUCAGUCUCUACACACACAAAUCAUCAAACGAAUUAUCUUUGGCAAAGUUUGUCCAGACGGAUCAUCCGUAAUCUGACUAAUGAGGCCAUCAAUUAAUUAUUGAGGAUUUGAGGUAAAUGAAAAAAUUAUCAGCAUACUAAACAUCUAAUGAUUGGAUUUCAUUUCUAGACAGCCUAUCGCAAGCCACGCUGAUUCACAUGUGUAUCGAUGUUGCCAGAGGUCUACAAUAUCUAGCCAGUCACAGACUAAUACAUCGUGACGUUGCAACGAGAAAUUGUUUGGUCGGAGACGACCUCACUAUCAAGAUUGCUGACUUUGGGAUGUCUAGAGAUAUCUAUUCUAAUAAUUAUUAUAAAGUAAGCAAUAUUUCCUAUGUCUUUUGCUAAGGUGUUGUAGUAUCCAGUAUAAAUAAAGUUAGUUUAGUUUCCUCCUGUAGUAACACUGGACCAAAAGAUAUGCAUGGUCCUUACUGGGCCUCAAGGGAGAACUUUUUAGAACUAAUUUAAUUUGACUAACUGAUAUGAGUUAUGCAAUAUGCAUGAGGACCUUAAAGCUUUACCCAACAGCGCAUGAUAGAACGUGUCUGAAUUUAUAUCACUGAUUUACUCAUCACUCAUGUUGUAGAUUGAAAAAGACACAGUUCUACCUAUUCGCUGGCUUUCACCUGAAGCAGUGUUGUAUGGUAAAUUCACAAUUGAAUCCGAUAUUUAUUCUUAUGGUGUCUUACUCUGGGAAGUGUUUACCUUCAGUAUGCAGCCAUAUUAUGGUUAUACUAACAAGGAAGUGCUCGAAUUUAUUGCUAAGGUAAGCGCGAAUCAUUUAGUCUAUUGUUACUGUAUGCAUCCAUUGUAAUAGUGGCUUUCAAUGGUAUAUAAAUGGCUUUCAAUAGUAUAUAAAGAAAAAUGGAUGGAACAGCUAAAAUUAGUUGACUUCUGUGACUCAAGUUUGAUUCCUGUCGAGUGCAGGAUUGUGUCAUCAUAAUCUCUCAUCAGUCGUAUGUGAGAAGAGUGUUUUAAUUCUAUCAAACAUCGCAGGUCAUCUAUAUAGAUUAUCUUACUUGACUUCAAGAGAGAAUAGAUUAGAACUUAUAGAGUUAUCCAGUGUAAAUAAAGUUAGUUUAGUUUACGUUUCCUCCUGUAGUAACGCUGGAUCAAUAAGAGAUGAUCCUUACUGGAUCUCUAGGAAGAACAGUUUAGAACUGAUAGAGCUAUCCAGUAUAAAUAAAGUUAGUUUAGUUUAGGUUUUCUCCUGUAGUAACACUGGAUCAAUAAGAGAUGAUCCUUACUGGACCUCUAGGAAGAACAGUUUAGAACUGAUAGAGCUAUCCAGUGUAAAUAAAGUUAGUUUAGUUUAGGUUUCCUACAGUACUAAUACUGGAUCAAUAAGAGACGACUCUUACUGGACCUCUAAGAAGAACAGUUUAGUACUGAUAGAGCUAUCUAUAGUAUAAAUAAAGUUAGUUUAGUUUAGGUUUCCUCCUGUAGUAAUACUGAUCAAUAAGGGAUGACUCUUACUGGACCUCUAGAGAAAAUAAUUCGGAACUGAUAGAGCUAUCCAGUAUAAAGUUGGCUUCAAGGUCGAUCAAGAAAGAAAUUUAAUCACAUUCUACUCCUGCUAGGGUAUUCAUCUCGCCAAGCCAGAUUUUUGUCCAAAUUUUGUCUAUCCAAUCAUGAAGAAAUGUUGGUCUAAGGAACCUGAAUUACGACCUUAUUACGACAAGAUCAUCAACGCUAUGAAUGGAGAGGAAAUAACGACGAACGGCACGCCCAAAACACGUGAAGAUACACAGCCUGAAUACCAGAACUUUGUUCCAUUUUCUGACAAUGGUAAGGAAUGAUCUUUAACGUAGUUCAGACACAAAUAGUUUCGGCAACGUGUCUAGUUCAGCCUGGAAAAUAUCAGACAUGAUUUGUUCCCAGAAUCAUUUCCAGUAUAAAUCACGCUAUUCUAGCUUACUCUGGAUAGUUCGUUUGUAUUUAUAUUAAGCUUUCUAAUAUAAAUCGAUCCAAUUAAGCAACCAAUAAUUACUAAGUAAUUGUAAUAAAGUAAUAUUUAUUUUCCUAUUAAAUUGUUAAUUACUAAUUAUCAUCUAAUUAGUAAUGAUACCUAAUUACUAAUUAUUGAUUGAUAAUUAGUAUAAUUUGGUUAAGUUCAACCAUAAUUAUUUCUAAACAUUUUCCAGAACAAUAUCAGUUUUUAUUGAAGAAACUUUAAAUAAUUUCUAUUUAUAUUAUAUAUUAAAUCUACUUAUUACGAGGGUCGUCAAUUAAUCAAAUACGUAGGCGGAAAUAUUCACUCUGUCAUUGUAAAUGUUGUAAUUUAUCUCAUUGUUAACUUGUUGAAGACUGCAGUCGGGUGAAAGCUUGUGAAAUAAAUUUUAAACCAGAGAGUGUCCAAAAACCAUUAUUUUGUCAUCAAUGCAUUUUGUUUCCUUUAGCAAAUGACGCAGAUUCGAGUGCUAGCAAUGACACGCACGAAGACCCAUUGAUCACAUCUCGAGCACAAGACUCAAAUAAACUCGAACACGAGCCUGUAGAGAAGGAACGCUCGAGCACUGGAAGUCGAGGAAGCGUCAACUCUGGUUUAGAAUCGGACACGGAACGUGAAACUGAUGCUGUAGUGAGACGAGCAGAAAGUAGUCGAUCUGACGCUCCACUGACCAGAAUGAACAAAACGUACGUUUGAAAUUAAUAGGGAGUUUGGCAAAUACAACGCGGCAACAGAACGUACCCAUCAACAAUAGCAUAUUUAUUACUCUAAGCAUUCUAAUACGCCGUAGAUGUUCAACAGCUACGUUAUUUAUCGAUCAUUUCAAUGCGCAUGACCACGAAAACAGCAAUUGCAAUUUUCCAUGCGAUUUCUAGUGCGAUUCUCUUCUUUUGAUCGAGUGGAUCACACUUAUUUUAAUAGAUGGUUUGGAGACUCGAUGAAAGUACAAUAUAACUCAUUAACUAUGUUAUUGUCCAGCUUUAUGCAAGAAUUUGGUCCUAUAUAUCUCCUUCACGUGUGUGUUGACUGUGUUGUAUUUUCGCUCAAAUAACCAACAACAAGUUUGUGGUUGAGUUAUCCAUCCGUAACUUGAACAAAUGCUCAAUUUAAACAUUGCUAUUGGUUGUGCGGGAAAAAAUACAAUACACACGUGACGAGAUAGGCCCAAAUUCUUGCAUAAACCGAAACCAACAUAGUUAAUGAGUUAUAUUGUACUUUCAUCGAGUCUCCAAACCAUGUAUUCUAUUAAGUAUAGAAGUCAUUUGUAUUAUACAAAAGUAUAGAAGUCAUUUGUAUUCUGCCGUCGCCGUUGUUGGUUGCGAAACUCACUACUAGCUACAACUCAAAGGAAAGAUAUAUAGAACAUUUAUCAACAGCACGACUCGAAAAAAUAAUAGCUAAAUUAAAACUGUACUAAUUUUUAAACGACACUGACACAUUUAUGUAGUAAAGAGACAGAUAUCCAUACAGAAUGAGUUUUAAAGAACUUACUUUAACAACAACUACUACUAACACUUUAGAAUGGGCGAGAUUCACUCUCUUCCGCAAAGACGAACUGCCCGUCGCAAGAAUGUAACAAAAUUUAAGACCCAACUAAUUGUCAUGUGUUUUAUAUCUUAACAUGUCAAACAUGUAAAUACGAUUGUUUCAUAAAAUAAAUUUA